AUGAAGCAUCUCGCAGCUUAUCUCCUCCUUGGCCUCGCUGGCAACACCUCCCCAUCCGAGUCCGAUAUCAAGGAAGUUCUCUCAUCUGUUGGAAUUGACGCCGACGAUGAGCGCCUCUCCACACUCCUCAAGGAAUUGAAGGGCAAGGACAUCAGCGAAUUGAUCUCUGAGGGUUCAACCAAGCUCGCCUCCGUCCCAUCCGGUGGUGGCGGUGGUGCUGCCCCAGCAGCUGGUGGUGCCGCCGCUGGUGGUGCUGCUGCCGCUGAGGAGGAGAAGCCUGCUGAGAAGGAGGAAGAGAAGGAAGAAUCCGAUGAUGACAUGGGAUUCGGCCUGUUCGACUAA